AUGCAAAGAGUGACGACGACUGUCAACGCCGCACUGUGCCACGCACCAGAAAAGACGACAACGCCAUCGACGCAUGCUAAGAGGAAGAUGAACGAACAUCAACAGCAAAUACCGAAGUUACAGAAGCGACAGCAAAGAUUGCAACGAAAAUAUUUACAAUUUUCGCUUGGCGAAAUGUCGAAUAUCCAGUUCCGCAUUGUUGUGAUGCCACAACGUCUACAGAUGCGUCUACUAUUACCGCCAAUUGCGUGUCUCGCACCGCUGUCAUUUGUAGUGUUGUUGCUGGUGGCGAUGCCACCUGUUUGUCAGGCAGUAGGUUACUCAUAUACGCGUUUUUCUGGUCCAGUCACUGGACCGGAGCAGAAGAUAGUCGUGCAUGAUGGGCUGGUGGGAAGCGGCGUCGGUGUUGGCGGCGGUGGUGGUGGUGGAGCGCGUGUGGACUUCAUUGCCAAACCGGCCUACGAAUUUGCCUACGGCGUAGAGGAUGCUCAGGCGCGUCUAUUGCAGAAUCGUCAAGAGACGCGCGAUGGCGAUGCGGUGUGGGGUUCGUACAGCGUUGUCGAUCCAGAUGGCAACUUGCGUGUGGUCAAAUAUACGGCUGAUCACGAAAACGGGUUUCAGGCCGAGGUUACGUCGAACGGCCUUGGCACAACGGUCCACGGUCAGCAGCCAGUGUCGUAUGCGCCUUUACAAAAUCCCUCACCGACGACUCCUCCGCCGUUACGUUACUUUCCGUUUGUGGUGCAGCAUCCCGUUACGCAAAAUAAUGACCCUGUUUACUAUGAGGAUGAGCAGGAUGGCGAAACGGAGGAUUAUGUUGAGAAAAAAGAGCAUAAGGGAAAGCGCGGUGAUGCGCAUGAUGAUGAGGAUGAGUAUGAGGGCCAAGGUGAUGCAGACGAAGGAGACGAUGAACAUGAUGAACACGAGGAAUAUGAUGCUGAUGAGCAUUCUUUAGAGGAAGAUGGUGAAGAUUAUUAA